UUACAGUCAAUUCAAUCAGAUUGAGUCCUGGCUAACAACUAUAAACACAUCGAUAGAAUUAAUGUUGCCAAGAUUUUAUCAACAGUUUAAACCUGAAUAGAACUUCGCGAUGACGCAUAGUGUGAUUAUACGUUCAGACCAAUAAUGUCUUUCUUCUAAGCAUUUGUGUGAAUAUUUUCCAAGAUAUUGUUUAAAACAACAUAUCUAAAUUACCCGCCUAGUUGACGUUCGUCAUAAUACUUUGCUAUCUACGGUACUGACGGCCGAAUCGACUCUCCACUGACGUUCUGGGAUCAUCACUGCAACAUGUGCAAGUUCAUCCAAAACAAUUCACUGGUGGUCAUUGUUAUCAUCAUCAUGGAGACAUCCAAAUGCUGAGAUGUUGAUCAAGUGAUCAGAAUCAGUCGUUAACUUAAACAACAAGAUCUACUGGCGUGACUGGAUACCUAAUCAUGCUAAUCGAGUUCUGAAAUGGACAUCUUACGACAGAAAGUUUCGUCAAGUUCAUCACGAAUCACGUCAGGUUGAUGUUGGCCUACGACUGGGCCUGGGAAGAAUGAUCAGAUAAUACUACAGCUGCAGGUUAUGAUGCAGAAUUUGUGUGGGUAGACCUAUUGAAUGAGAAUGGAAAUGGAAAAGAAAGAUAGAAGUUCUGUCACCGAAGAAGAAUUUUUGAGAUUGGCCCAGCUCAUCCCACCGAGGUACUAUUCAGAUUUAGGGAUACAUUUGGGAAUCUCAUCUGCUGAACUUGAUCAUAUCAUUGUCCAACAUUCAUUGAAUUACAAGGAUGCAUUGAUGACAAUGUUCACACGGUGGAGAGAUGAACAACAUCCAGAUGAAGAUAUCAGAGCUCUUCUUGCAGAAGGAUUAGAAAAGAGUGACUUAGGGGGAUUGUCCAAAGAACUUCUAGCUGGGAAUCUAAUCCAGAAAACAACAGAUGUCAGACAAACAACUGCAACAACUUCAAGAGCAUCAACUUCAACAGGAGCAGUAGACAUGUCAGCAUUACCACAUACCAUCAGUGGGAGAGAAUUUUUGAUGUUGUCAACAGAGAUCGGCCCAAGUUACUACAAGAAAGUUGGCAUUAACCUGAAUAUCUCCAUUGUAACCCUUGAUAAUAUCAAGGAGCGUACCCGAGAUAACUGCGAUGCAAUUAUGACAGUAUUCACAAGAUGGAGGGAUAAACAGCUUCCAGACACAAACAUCAGGGCUCAUCUUGCAGAGGCUUUACAAAAGAGUGGUCUAGUGUUGCUUUCUCAGAAACUGAUUAUUGGAAAUCUAUUGACAGAGUCGACAGGUGCACCUGCGACAAUUCCAGUAUCAGAGACCAAACCACUUACCCCUGACCUGAUUAAGAGAUGUAAAGAUGAGCUCCAAGACAAGUACAGGACUGAUUUCUGUAUGAUAAGAGCUGAUCCACUAGAUCCUGAUUCUAUUGUGCCAUUCAUAGAUAUGUACACAAGCCUUUUCUUGGAAGAAGAAAAACGAAAGAAAAGGAAUAAACUUGAGUACAAGGAUCUCUUUAAUCUCAAAGUCAACGGCAUCUUCCCCAAACGGAUCAUGAUCCAAGGAGAGGCAGGGGCUGGAAAGACCACAUUCUUGGCUAAGAUUGCAUGGGACUGGAUAAACGAUAGUCCAGAUCUGUCAAAGUUUGUGUGGGUACUCAUUAUCCCUCUGCGUGAAGCCAAGCGAUACACAAUUGGUCAGAUAGUUAAGUCCUAUCUCUCAAAGGACAACCCAGCAACAGCCUGUCAGAUCACCGAGUACAUCCGUUCAAAUCCAGAAAAGGUAUUCAUUGCCUGUGAUGGAUUAGAUGAGUUUAGUGGCAAGGUUGUACAGCACUCUGAAACCAAGCAAGGUUCAGAAGGUGCUCAGUCAGAGUUCAAAGUUGGAUCAGAAACAAGUCCAGCAAGUAUAUCUAUGCACACAAGAACUAACACCGAACUAAAUGUACGUUCUUUGGAGAGAGGUGAUAUCACAGUUGAAGAUAUUCUUCGCUCAGAUGAACUUCGUACUUGCCCUGUGAUGGUGACAAGCCGUCCAUGGAAGGCCAGAGAAAUAAGAGAGAGCAGUAGUUUAAGAAAUCAAUACACAUUCAUCCAUGUCGAAGGCUUUAGCAGAGAGAAUGCAAAGGUUUACAUUUGCAAUUACUUCAAAGACACUGAGGCUACAGCAGAUGAAUUCAUCCAAUUGUUUGAAAGCAAUGAUAUCAUAUCAGAGAAUAUGGCACGAUAUCCUAUCUACAUUUUUAUGCUCUGUCACAUGUGGAGAGAACUUGAUGACAACAAGAAAGAAGAGUUGAAGGCUUUUCAAACAUUCUCUGAAAUAUUCUGUGAAGUGUUUGAAUUCCUAAAGGUGUGUUAUGUCCAGAAAGAGAUCCAAGAUCUAAGGAGUCCAUCAUUUAAUACCCAUCGCUCUAAAAUUGAAAAACUCAUGGAACCAGUUGCCAAAUUGGCAUUUACUGGACUGCUAUCGAACAACCUUAUUUUCAAUGAAGAAGAUCUUGAACAGUACUCAGACUCUGUGAAAACAGCAUGCAAAGUAGGGGUGUUGUCACAGGAGAAUAAGCUCUCAUCCAUUCAUGAUAAGAGCAGACCGUUCCUGCAGUCAACAUUCUUCUUUCCUCAUAAACUAUUCCAGGAGUACAUGGCUGCAGUCUAUCUUGCUUCUCUCUAUGAUUCAGAUCGCAAUGAAUUUAAGAGGCUGAUUGAGGAAGUAGUGAUCCCUAGGAAGGAAGAGUUUAGGUAUCUCCUGUACUUCACUGUGUCUAAGGACAAAAAUAUUGCCAAUUAUAUCACCACAUGUCUGCUACCACAGUACCCCCAUAGCCAAGAUAAGAAGGAGAUGAAUUUCUUGGUUGAUGUAGCUUUUGAGAGUCAGGAUGAAGAUACCAACGCCAUGCUUCGGAAUUCAGUAUCAUCUCUGUCCAUCCGUGUUAAAGACACACACACUAUAGCUGGUUAUGCAUCCACUGAGAUAUAUUCAAAGGCGAUCGAUAUGAGUGUUGGUGAAUUUGGAUCUCCUUGCUGCGGACCAGGUAUAUCAAAAGAGGUUGCAGUGAUGAUAUGCUCAGCACCGUCACUAAGGGAUGUUCAACUGGAGGCAAGGUUUCACCCUACCUUCUAUGAAACUCUUGCCAGAGAAGGAAGGAAAGCCGCAGUCCAUACUCUUGAGAUUGAGAAUGAUAAGCCUCUAUCAUCAGCCUCUUCACAUCACCUUGUAGAAGCUGUAUGCUCCCUACCUAACCUGACUAACCUGACACUGAGUGGAGUUUGUGACCAGGAGGAGUUCUGUUCUCAUCUGAAUGAGAAGGCUUCAACCUUGAAGGUCCAUACUCUUGAGAUUGUGAAUGUUGAGCCUCUAUCAUCAGCCUCUUCACAUCACCUUGUAGAAGCUGUAUGCUCCCUACCUAACCUGACUAACCUGACACUGAGUGGAGAUUGUGACCAGGAGGAGUUCUGUUCUCAUCUGAAUGAGAAGGCUUCAACCUUGAAGGUCCAUACUCUUGAGAUUUGGAAUAAUAAGCCUCUAUCAUCAGCCUCUUCACAUCACCUAGUAGGAGCUUUAUGCUCCCUACCUAACCUGACUAACCUGACACUGAUAGGAGUUUGUGACCAGGAGUUCUAUUCUCAUCUGAAUGAGAAGGCUUCAACCUUGAAGGUCCAUACUCUUCAGAUUGAGAAUAUUAAGCCUCUAUCAUCAGCCUCUUCACAUCACAUAGCAGGAGCUGUAUGCUUCCUACCUAACCUGACUAACCUGACACUGAGUGGAGUUUAUGACCAGGAGGAGUUCUGUUCUCAUCUGAAUGAGAAGGCUUCAACCUUGAAGGGUUCUUUCCCUCAGAUCAGCAAAGGAAAUUUCAUAUUCAAUGAAGAGCCUCAGAAGGAUCUUCAAUCAUUCUUACAAGCAGUCAGUGACGAGAAACGGUAGGUGAACUAAUAAACUUAUAAAGCUAAAGGUGACCUCUUCACUCAGGCUGAUACAACCUAGAUAUGAUCAAUGUAUAAACAGUUCUUAUACUGCUCAUUAAUAUGAUCAUUACAAUGGGCCAACUCAUUUAUAAAUGUAUGACAAAUGAAAUAAUUGUACCUAAAUGGUCAUGAAAUGGCUUUUGUAGAAAUAUGCUCCAGGCAUACGAUAAUUGUACCUAAACUGGUCAUGUAAAUGAAAUAACUAUUUACAGUACUAAUUUAUAAUUAUGAGGAACAUAAUGAUUGCAAUUAAACUCAUCGCGUUGUGGUCUAGUGGUUCUGACUCUCGCCUUUCAAACAGGGUCGUGGGUUCAAAUUCUAGCCAUGGCGUGUUUUCC